AUGACCACCGAAGAUGCUCCCGAGAUUAUCACCGAUGUGCCUCCAACUACCAAUGGCGAUGCCGUGAAAGAAGCCGAAGCUGCCCCAACUCCUGUCAACGGCAAGACGGAGACGCUGGACCUCCCUACUUCUGCCGCAGAUGGAUUAAUCCAGAAGCCAUUCGGGAAGCCACUUGACAUCUCCAAACCAGAAGCUGUCCAGACACUCACCGCAGAUCAACAAUCGAAAUACGACGAUGUGCUCAAGGCUGUAUCCGCCUGGACGACUGUCCCCAACAAGUCCGAGAAGAACUCUCCCACAGAACCCAUUACCGAUAGCGAGCGCAUGUGGUUGACUCGUGAAUGUUUACUUCGAUACCUCCGUGCAACAAAGUGGCACGUAUCUGAGGCCCAGGAUCGUCUUCUGCACACUCUUACUUGGCGUCGUGAAUACGGCAUAGAGAAGUUGACACCGGACUACAUCUCUAUUGAAAAUGAGACUGGCAAACAAGUCAUCUUGGGUUAUGAUAUCCACGGCCGGCCUUGCCUUUACCUCAUCCCGUCGAAGCAGAAUACAGAGAAGAGUGAACGUCAAAUCCAACAUCUUGUCUUUAUGCUGGAGCGUGUCAUUGACCUCAUGGGCCCAGGCCAGGAGACUCUAGCCCUAAUUGUCAACUUUAACGAGACCAAGUCCGGCCAGAAUGCUACCAUUGGCCAGGCUAAACAGACCGUCAGCAUCUUGCAGAACCACUAUCCAGAGAGACUGGGACGUUCUCUGAUCAUUAACGUGCCUUUCCUUAUUUGGGGAUUCUUCAAAAUCAUCACUCCCUUCAUUGAUCCCACUACUCGCCAGAAGCUCAAGUUUAACGAAGACCUGGCUAAACAUGUGCCCCCAUCUCAACUUCUGAAGUCUUCAGGGGGUGAGGUUGACUUCACUUACGAUCACUCUAUUUACUGGCCUGCUCUUAACAAACUGGCCGAACAGCGACGGGAAACUUAUCAUGAGCGCUGGGUUAAGGGAGGAAAGCUUGUUGGCGAAUUCGAGAACUAUUUGAAAGGCGAGGAUGUUCCAAGUCUGUCACAGACCGUGGCCUCGGCCUAG